AACGCUGCGCCUACAACUGGAAAGGAAGGGACAGAAAAAGGAAAUAGAGAACACGCAAGACUUGGGACUUGAGGUUAUUUUUUUUUAAAUCAUCCAACUCCGAAGUGCGAAGAGAAACCGUACGCGUGCGUGCGAUCCUCCGGUGGAUGCAGCUCAGGGCGCGGGGUCCCGUUACGCGCACGCUCUCGCCUGUUUGAGUCCAUUGUGUGGCGACAUGGGGAGAGAGCUGGAGGAUGCGCACUAGCUCCCGACGCGCAGCCACAUUGUUUCUAGAGCGCUCCACGAUCUAGGGCCAUCUUUGGUCGUCCUCGCCGGUGACAGUGUGGACACUUUACUCCAUUGGUUCGCCAGACGCCGUGCGAUCGAACCCCCGAAGGAGCCCGUUUGAAGACGCUCGGCCGUGCGGAGACAGAAGAGCCAGCUUCCCCGGUCGGUGGACACUCGGUGGCAUCGCCUCCUUCGACACCCUUUCAUUUCUGCAGGCGUAAAGAGGGCGAGACGGGAGAGCCGCUGCUGAUACAACAUGGAUGAGGAAUAUGAUGUGAUCGUUCUGGGCACCGGGCUCACGGAAUGUAUUCUGUCUGGGAUCAUGUCUGUGAACGGGAAGAAGGUUCUGCACAUGGACAGGAACCCGUACUACGGUGGGGAGAGCUCUUCCAUCACCCCCCUGGAGGAGGUGUACAAGCGCUUCAGUCUCCCUGACAGCCCGCCGGAGUCCAUGGGCCGAGGAAGAGACUGGAACGUGGACCUCAUCCCCAAGUUCCUCAUGGCCAAUGGUCAGCUUGUGAAGAUGCUGCUCUACACAGAAGUGACACGGUACCUCGACUUUAAAGUCGUGGAGGGAAGCUUCGUCUACAAAGGAGGGAAGAUCUACAAGGUGCCGUCCACUGAGACCGAGGCGCUAGCUUCAAACCUGAUGGGGAUGUUUGAGAAGCGAAGGUUCCGUAAGUUCUUGGUCUUUGUGGCCAAUUUCGACGAGAACGACCCCAAGACCUUCGAGGGCGUGGACCCCAAAACCACGACGAUGAAGGACGUUUACAAGAAGUUCGACCUCGGCCAGGACGUCAUUGACUUCACCGGCCACGCCCUGGCCCUCUACAGGACAGAUGAUUAUCUCGAUGUCCCCUGUCUGGAGACCAUCAAUCGUAUCAAGCUGUACAGUGAAUCACUGGCACGAUAUGGGAAGAGCCCCUACCUCUACCCCCUGUACGGGCUGGGAGAGCUGCCGCAGGGAUUCGCCAGGUUGAGUGCGAUCUAUGGAGGAACCUACAUGCUGAACAAACCAGUGGAUGAGAUCGUGAUGGAAGACGGACACGUGGUUGGAGUGAAGUCCGAGGGCGAGGUGGCUCGUUGUAAGCAGCUCAUCUGUGACCCCAGCUACAUCCCUGACCGCGUCCGUAAGGCAGGUCAGGUGAUCCGCGUGAUCUGCGUCCUCAGCCACCCCAUCAAAACCACCAAUGACGCCAACUCCUGCCAGAUCAUCAUCCCCCAGAAUCAGGUUAACCGCAACUCAGACAUCUACGUGUGCAUGAUCUCCUAUGCUCACAACGUGGCCGCCCAGGGGAAGUACAUCGCCAUCGUCAGCACCACAGUGGAAACCAGCGAGCCCGAGGCUGAGAUCGAACCGGCCCUGGAGCUGCUGGAGCCCAUCGACCAAAAGUUUGUGGCGAUCAGUGAUCUUUAUGAGCCCACGGACGAUGGCACUGAGAGUCAGGUCUUCGCCUCGAGGACCUACGACGCCACCACUCACUUCGAGACCACCUGCAACGACAUCAAGGACAUCUACAAACGCAUGACCGGCAGCGACUUUGACUUUGAGAACAUGAAACGCAAACAGAACGACGUGUUUGGGGAGGAUGAGCAGUGAGCGGUAGAGGGGCUCCUGAGAGGAGGCGGGGCCGGGAGGGGAGACGGGGGGGGGGCGAAACAGGCGGCGGAAGGGGGUGUGUCUAAAUUCUGGGUGACGGGGGGGUAAAAUGUGGAAAGAGGGCGUGUCCCUGGGCUCCGCCUGCACUUCGCCGUCUGCCUCCUCUUCCUUACGUCCCUCCCUCUCUCGACACAAACACAUAAAUGCUCACGAACACAAACACACACACACACACGAGCUGUUCAAAUACUCACACUCUGUAUCUCUGUCACUGAAAAGCAGGGUUGAUAAGGUCUUUCAUUCCAUCGUAGGAUUUACAGUAUAAUCAUGUCUUAACUAUUAUAAUUAGAGGUGAAUUUAUUACUCGUUGUCGGCCAUUUUCAAAGCGUCUCAUUCUUUCUGUAAUGUCCCUCCCCCUCGUGUCAGCGGUCGCGGCGGCGGAGGGGGGGCGUGUCUGAACGGCGAGCUCUGACAUGACGGGGGGGGGCUCGUGAUGGCUUAGCGUAGAAUCCUCUGGAAGGGUCCCCUCCAGUUGACAUGCAUGCAUCUUUUACACACGGUAGUAUUGUACAUAGACUCGGACGACACUGCGGUAUGAAGGCUGGACCAUUCCACGCAUCGCUCCUGUCAACCCUGCUUUCACUUUUCUCUUUCUUGGUCUUUUACCUGUGUUACUUCAGUAGACGCCGCUCGUUUGGGUCACAUCUGUCGGUCGGGCAUAAAAAACAUAAAAAAAACAAGACAAAAAAAAAACCGUGAUGAAGAGUUAAAUAUAAAUGGGCUGUUCUGUCACAUGAUAGUGCUCUCACUCUGCAAUGCUGUUGUGUUUCCCUGUGCUCGCAGGCAAGCUAACCGGUGGCUACUAACUUUCCACACCCUACCCCCCCCCACCCCCCCCUCCACCCACACCCCGAAAAAAACAAACACAAAAAAACCCCUGUUCCUUUGCUUCUCUCUGUUGUGUAAUGUCAAUUUUUGAAUUUGAAUAGUUUACAUUCUAACACCUUAAAUUAUUGAAGAGUUUUUAUUUCUAUAUAUUUGGUGCACAUUUCACUGGCUGAAGUUAUGAAGUUUACAGAGCUGAGGUUGAAACUGCGGCGGACGUGACGUGAAGGUCGGACGAGGAGGAUUUAGGAUCGGGAACGAACAAGCCGGUUACGAUAAAUCGUACGUGUUGAGAUGCGGAGAAGAAGAAGAAGAAGAAGAAUGUGUGUGGAGAAUGUUUCCGAUUGGACGUUUGCAGAUUUUCUUGCUCUUUUUAGAGUGAAAUGAGGGCGAAGACUGAAAUUUCAGCUCAUACUUGUAGUGAAAGCACCAGAUCGUGUCUUGGUUGUUUCAACCCUUGUGUGUAUCAUUGAGACGAGUCCUCUCCGCCGAGACGGAACCCGACGGAAAAAAGUGUCGUUGUGAAUUCGAGGGCAAAGAUGGAAUCUCCUAAAAUCUUUUAAAGACAUUGUAGGAAAAGUUUGAAGCCACAGUUAACAAGUGCCGCCCCACGAGAACGAACCAAGACGCUUUUAUUUGGUUGUCGCCUUAAUUUGGGGUCGAACUCAUUCAUUCGUUUGGACUAAACGUCGGCGGCAGGUCGGUGCUGUGCCGGACGUGGCGUCGCUGUUAUUGGCUAAACCUGCUGGUGUGUACGUCGUGCGUGUUGCUGCAGAGAUACUCGCAGAGGGGAUAUCGGUUAUCGGUCGCCUGAAGUAGGAGCAGUUCCUCGUGUCUCCGCAGCAGCACGUGCACGCCCACUUCCAGCCGGACCGAUCCGCGGCUCGGCGUCGUUACACGUCAACGAACAAACAACGAGAGGCUCCGACCUUUUCCUGUAAAAAAAACACAGCAGCAGUUCCAUCUCACCUCAUCCACCACAACCGACCCCUUAGCAACCCUACACCAAGCUGACGUGUUCGGGGUUAUCGACGUGUCUUAUUGUUAUGAUCUAUUUAUUUAAACUUCACUGAUAUAUCUCUCGAAGGGGUUUCAUGUCGAAUGCACGUGCUCCGCUGUUCGUUUUUUUUUUCCUGAUCUGACGACGAAAAUGAUUUUUCAAAGUGACGCACACCGACAUUAUCUGGGUUUUUUUUUCGUUUUGUUAUUUGCUGUGUUCACGUGUUAUGUUUACCUCGAUUAUCGAUCAUUCCAGUGUGGCAUCAUCAUUUAAUGUGGUUAUUAGCAUUCCUAAGAAACAGGUUUUGAUGGAAGGAUAGCAGCGACACCUGGAAUCUACACAGCUGUGUUCUCACGACAGAUUCACAACCGUGCGUCACUGAAAACUCUGUGUGCUCCGUUAUUGGAUAGAAAACUGGAAUACUGUUUACUCUCAGAUAUAUUUGAAGCCCCUCCCCUUCCCGGCCCUUCCACUGUCCUCUCUCUUUUUUUUUUAUUUAUUGAAAACAAAAGCCUCAUGUGUGGUUGUACUGUUUUAAUUUCCAUCCGAUUCGGCCUCUGAAAACCACUAUUGACAAUAAUAUCCCUUGAAAUUGACAAAAGAAAGAGUUCAGGCUGAGUAGUAGAAAAACUUACUGUCCUUGUUUGAUCACUAGUACGUGAAACAAUGCCUAAUGUCUUGUGUAACAAUUAAAAUGAAUUAAACUAUGAAUGAAAUGAUAGAAAAAUAAAAAAAAGCACAUGGCAAACCUGGAAA